UUUUAUUCUUUAAAUAUCAUAAUCUUUAAAUGACGUUCAAUAGGCUGUGUCGGUUUCAAAUACAUGUCUUAAUUUGUUAAACAAGUGCUUGGUAAUAAUAUUACCACGUUAAUUGCAGUGUCGAUUUCAAAUUCUGAAAAGGUGAAAUAAUAUUUGUUAACUUUAUCAAAGGAGAAAUUGUACGCCAUGGACAUUAAACAUUUUAGAUGCAUUGUUGAUUUGAAAUUCAUUUGAGGAGAAGUUUUGGAUUUUUAUUGAAAAAUUGAUUCCAAAUUCGUAACAGAUUGUCACCUGUAAUAUUUACCUGGGAUUUUCUGAAUUUACUUGUAUCUCACCUGAGUUAGAAAGCAUGGAUUUAUAGAAAGUAGCUUUUUUUUUUUGUGGAUAGAAUGAUUAAUUUCUGUGAUAUAAUUUGAAAUUGAUUCUGACAUCACCUGUCUAAAAUGGAAAUCUAUUACUGUGGAUUUGUAAAGAAUGUGGAUAUUUCAUGUGGAUUUUAAUUAACUACGGAUUAAUAAUGCAGAAAUAAGUUGAAAUGGACAAAACAUCGUCAUGGAAACAGAACAUGAUGAAUUGUUGCUUAAGGCUGGACCCAUAAAUACAACCCGCAGAGAUAGUGGUCUUGACGUAGGUUUUGACAGCAUAAGCAGAACAAAGCUUGUACGUAGAGAUAGUGGUCUAGAUAUAAGUGAUUUAGAUAAGUUCAAGAAGAAGCAGUCUCGGGCAAAGAGCCAUGAUAGCGGAAAUGAUGACCAUGGAUUGAGUACCACAUCAAUCUCUAGUAUUGAUGACAUAGAUUGUAGGGAUUCAGGAUCACCCGUGUUUUCCAAAACAUCUCCUAGAAAAUCAGAACUUCAAGCGAUGGAAAAUAGCAUUGGGAAUAGAAAAAAUGAUUCAGAUUCAGAUAAGAUUCAUUCUUCUUACGAGAAUAGCACAGAUAUUCAAAUUGAGGAUUUGGAGAAUGUAGAGUUUACAAAUUCAGUUUUAAAAUCAGAAAAUCAAAAUGAUUCUGAGAACGAAAGUAACAGCAUUGGUAUAGACGAAUCUGAGAUUCCGUCAAUUGCACUAAAAAAUUCUGAAAAUUCUGAAAAUGAAAAAAUAUCAGGUGAUUCCAAAAGCAGUACACGUAAAACAUCCAAGAGUGGUAGUGUCCUGUUAUGUCGAAAAAAGAACGUGAUUUCUAAAGGUGAUUCAGGACAUCGGACAUCAUUAACAUCAAAACCACCACGACCAGAAUCAUGUCGACCCAGUAAUGUGUCUAGGGUAUCAGUGUCUUCCCGUGUUGAUGUUAUGCUGAAUAGCGAUCUUUUCAAGAAAUAUUUAUCAAAACAUGAAAAUUUGAUCGACAAGAUUUCGUUGAGACAGGGGCGAGGAGCAGGAAUGAAGAAGGCGUUAUCAAAUUUAGAUUUGUCUCAGUUAGACUUUGACGAUGACCAAUCACAAGAAAGAAAAACAAACUUAAUUUCAACAUUUUCGUUUAAUGAUGACAAAUUGAAAAGUGAAUGGGAAAAUUCACCUGUUACACGGACUCGUCGUAAUACGGUUUGUGAAUAUGAUUACAAUAGAGGUGAAGGGUCAGAUAAAGAAAAUACCAAUAUUUUGGACAAUCAAACAGAAAAUGAUAUUCUUCGCUCAUCUGUUGAUAGUAGUUUGUCUAAACAAAGGACUAGCAAUCGAAAGAAAUUCGCUAUACCAAGUUUUCAUGAAUUUAAGAUGUCCAAACAUUUUAAAGAAAUUCCAGAAGAAGGUCCGUAUGAUGAUGAAGAACAAACUUCAUGUGAAAACUGUGAUAAAAAUAGAACAUUUGAAAAUGAGAGGCCAAAAAGUAGGUCACAUUCAAGAUGCCAACGAAUCAAAGAAAAAUAUUUUCAAAACCACGAAGAUCAGUCUUUAAGUACAAACAAUGGCGAAUCCAACUGUGACAAACAUUCUAUGUAUGACGUAGAAGCUGAGGACAAAUCUGAUUUAAGUGUUAUUGAAAAUUCUGCAAACAUUCUGAAGGAAAAGUUCAAAAGUGCUCGGAGGAGUGAAAUUCCUAUCCCAGUUAAGAUAAAGAGUUCAUCUAGUCCUGUGUCAUCUCCAAGGCAACAACAAAUUGUUGUUGAUAGGAAUAAGGAUAAGAAAGAUCAUGUUCAUAUAGGUCAAAAUGAUGGAAAUGUAGAAAAACCAAAGAGUUCACGUAUAUUGCCAAAAACACCAGAGGAAUCUGGUAUUGGCUUACCACCGAAGCAUGUAUCUGACCCCAAAAAGCGUGUAGUUCUUCGUGCAUCUCGAAAACGGAAAAUUGGACAAAAGAAGCCAUUUUUACGAAGUCAAUCAGACUCUCAAUUAAAAGUUGAUAGUGCUAAUCAUACUGGAAAAUCUUUGGACGAGGUUAAGAUGAAAUUUAAACCUCCGCCAUUGGAAAUAAAAAGUGUACAGAGUUGUGAAACUUUUUCGACAUUUAGUCCCUUAUUUAGUGCUUCAACAUUCGACUCGAGUAGCAACCCUUCAUCCGCUACUGUUGGGUCUUUUGACUUCUCUAGUGAUCAUGUGAUUAGAUUUAACCUUGGUGAACAGGAAACACCCUUAAAAGGAGAUGAUUCUGUGCAUACUACCAUUUCUACAAGGGGAGAUAAUAAUUUACAUCUAAACAACCACUCUUCAAAAGGAUAUAAUUUCAUAGACUCUCCAGAAAAUAAUGAAUCUAGUGCUAAUUUAAGGGCAGCUUAUUCUGAAUCUAGUAAUUUAAAUUCAGGGAGAGGUAACAGUGAUUCAACGUCAGGAAAAGAUAACUCUGAACAGGAUUUGCCCCAAAAUAAUAGCUUUGAUACUUCUCUAUCUCAGCGGAAUACGUACGACUCAAUUUCAUCAAACAAUAAUGCAUUUACUCAUAUUAUACCUAAGAAGGACACAUUUUCUGGUAAAAUAACAUCAGGAAAAGACAACUCUUGUGAUAUUCAGAAUGUGGAAUUAUGGAGUGACAAUUCAGACAAACCUACAGAUAGUUCUGUUCCCAGUUCUUCCAGUGAUUGUUCAGAUAAGGUCAAUGAUAAUUCUGUGUCUGGAACUAAUUCUGAAAACCAUUCUAGUCCGACCCAUUGCAUUUCUAACAAAGUGGAUAACUAUCUGUCUCAACAAAAUCUACAAGUAGAAGACGAUUCCAAGAGUUCGGUGACAAGGUCAACCUCUGAUGUCUGUAAUAGCACUACCUCUGAUGCUCUAAAGAAGAGACGGGAACGGAAGGAGAGGCCGUAUAAAAGUGAUCCGUUUACAGGCUCAUCUCAUCUACCAGCAGGUAAACCUCGGACUACAUCCUCAAGUAAAAAUGAUAUUUUUGAAGCAGAUGAAAUCAGCUUGGAGGAAGUGGAAGAGGAAGAGAGUUCUAUCAUUUCGGAACAAGAAUGGGAAAAAGAACGUAAAAAACAACAUCGUCUGAGUGAUGUAAGUAGUGAUAGUGGAGUUAUUGGCCCUGAGUACCCUCCCAGUCCUACCAGCACUGUCUUCAGUACAGGAAGCAGUUUUGUAUGUGCUGAUGGGAAUGACAUGGGAACAGAGACACAGUUACUUGGACGAGGUCUGCUUUACAGUGACUUUAGUGAUAAUGGAUGUAGAAGUGGUCCAAAAAGUCCCAGAAGUCCACAUAGUCCAAGAAGUCCUCGAAAGGUCAACACAGGCUGCAAAGAAUGUGGUAACUAUGAAAAUAACAAUAGGACAAAGAUUUGUUCCAAAUGUGAAAAGAAGAGUAUUGAGAGGAAGGAAAUUAUACAAGAAAUUAAAGACACAGAAGAAAGUUAUGGUCGAGAUCUGGCUAUUCUGAAAGAGCAUUUCUUUAAGCCAAUGAAGUCAGCUGGGUUGCUGUCAUUAGAACAUUUGGAAGGUAUAUUUCUGAACCUGGAAGAACUGAUCCAUGUCAAUACACAGUUUGUCAAAAAACUUCAGGGAGCAGUUGAUAUAGCUGAUAAAAAGGGGGACGAGAAUUUGAGAACUGUUAGUAUUGGUAAUUUGUUUCUGGAUUCCUCUUCACUGAUUCUUGCCUUUGAAAACUACUGUGUUAAUCAGGGCCAAGCUGCAGUUCUUCUUGAACAAUUAGAGAGAGAGAAAGAAUUGCUAAGAAUAUUUUUGAAGGUUUCACAAGACGAGAAUCCAGUUCUACGACGGAUGCCACUUACCUCAUUCCUUAUGGUCCCUGUUCAGCGAAUAAUGAGGUACCCAUUACUACUAGAAAGACUGUACAAGUUCACAUCAGGAGACCACACAGAUAAAAGUGCUCUGAUGGAGGCAAAACUAAAAAUAGAAGAUAUCUUAGAUCAUAUAAACUCAAAAACAAAGCACAGUGGAACAGUAAAAUUAAAGAGAAAGAUUUCAGAAAAUAUGUCUCAAAGAAUUUCUAUCACUGAAAAGAUUGAGGUCAACAAGGUUGCCAUUGAUGUCUUAGGAUGGAACAGGAAAGAAGUCUGUGAUAUUAUAAUAAGUCGACUCCAGGUGGCGCCACUUUCAGACCAAACAUGGGCAGCUAAACGUUUAAAGACAAUGAAAUUCUCAACAGUCCAUUGCGUCUUAUUAACUCUUGGACAGAGUGAUACAGACAUUACUGAUAAUGAAGAAGAUAAUUUAUUGUUCGCUAGAAAAUCUAAAGUUAUUCAGGCUGCUGUGGUGCUUAUUAAAGAGAAAAACGGCAAAUACCAAACAUUUAGGGAACCAUUCAUAUUGAAUAGAUGUGUUGUGAGCAUUGACCCAGAUGUAGAAAAUGCCUUUGAGCUUUCAGACUUGAGCAGAGAUUCAUAUGUUUUUAAGGGUGAUGACCAUAAAGAAUUGAAAUCUUUUUUACAAACUGUCAAACAACAAACUUUGAACCUUGCCUCUUGGAGGAAAAGAAGAAAUGCCUUACCUAACAUUAUGAUUAAACAUAUGGUGUGAUUAAUCAUGUUUCUUAAUAAACAUAAUCAUGAUUCAUGCAUUGCAAUCGUUCAUAUACAGUGUAACCUGUAGAUAAAGAGCAAGAGAAUUGAGAUGAACUUUGAAUUGAGAUGACCUUUGAAUUGAGGUUUCUAGAGGAUGACAAGAAGAGGAUGACAUGAGAGAGAUGAUGAUGAGGAGGAGGUUUAGGAAAGAAUGAAGAAAUAUGGAUAUUUUGAACGAUAAAACUGACAAUUAAAGACAAUUAUGAUUAUUGAAAACAUGUGCUUCUGAUCAUAUUGUGUUAAACAUUCAUAUGAUAUUUGAUGCUAGAUCCAAGCUGUGAUUCAUCAUUGACAGACUUUUUUUUUAACUUUAUGCUAAAAUAUGACCAAUGUGUGUCCUGUCUGAUUGAUGCUAAUUGUGAUAAAAAGAAUCAGUGUGCUUAUGUCAGAAGAGACUCUCAGCUUUGUGAUAUGUAGAACAUAUACAUGUACUGACUAAAAAACGCUUGUUUGAUUAUAAAAAUGUGUUAGUAGUCAUUAAUCAUAAUCAUGUUUCAGAAACAUAACAAACAUAAUCAUGAUUCAUAUACUGUGAAAAGAUAAUCAUGAUUCAUAACUGAAAACAUAAUCAUGAUUUCACAAACUGAAAACUUAAUUUAUACACAAUCUUAAACUUAAUUUAUUAGAUUUAUAUAGGGCCAAAUAUUUAAAGUUCUUUGAUUGUUUCUCCGUUUAUAUACUUAACCUGAAAUGACCAUAGAGUUUUUCUGUAUAUACAUACAUAUCCAGAAAUGAUCUGGUAGAGAGUGGUCUCAUUGGCAAUCAAACCACGUCUUCUUAUUUUUAUAUCGAAAUAUUUUUUAUCAAUUACAAAAGAAUAUUUUAUUUCAAUAUCUAAAGGAACUUUUUUACCCUAAGAUACUAUGAUACCUGAAUUGCAGUACAAACGGAGUAAUCUUAUUGGCUAUUUUUGGAUUUUCAGAGUUCAAAAGAUACUUUUGAUAUUAGAUUUUAAGGUAUUUAAGCAGUUGAUUUAAUCACGUAAUAUAUUUCAUUAAUUAUUUGAGAUGUGAAUGCAUGAUGUUGUCAAACAGUCUGUGAUAAUUAGUAUGGUUCUUAAUUGUAUUAUCUCAUGCAUUUGUAAUUUAUUCUGCAUAUUUAUUUUAUUUUAAUGUUAGCAAAAGAGUAUAACAAGAAUACCCAACUCCAAGGUAAAUUCAAAAAGGGAAAGUCCAUAAAAAUUUACAAAAUAAAAUGCUAUCACUCAACAGAAAAGUUUAAAAUAACUACCAUAUUCCUGACUUGGUACUGGAAUUUUCCAAAGGAAAUGUUGGGUUAAACCUGGUUUUAUAGCUAGCUAAACAUCCCACUUAAAGGACAGUUGUUUAAAGUUCCAAUAUAUUGACAAAAUUGGGUGAGCAACCCAAACAGACAGAAGAUCAGUUUUAUUGAUACUUGUUUUCUGAAGUAGAAGAGAAACUAUAUUUUUGGCAAAGUUAUACAUGUAAUUAAAUCCCAUCCUAUUUUUCCUUACAUUAGAAUCAUUGAUAGCAUUUGAUAUCACAGAACAUACCUGUUGCCUCUAGAUUAAAUAUUUGGUGCAAAAGUUAACAUAAAUCAUUAGAAUUCACAUGGGGAGAUAAUCCUGUUUGUAACUUUUAGUUGCAUUUAAAUAUAGUAACAAAGUCAAUUUUCAAUGUUUAAGUUAAUGUUUAUUGAUUGUGUAGAUAUUUUGAGGAUUGGUCUUAAAAUUGCAUUUAAGUCAUUUAAACUUGAUUUUCUGAGGAAUCACUUCAUGUAAUGAUUUAUGCUUCAGAAUUCAGACACACAACAUUACUGUUGGUUUACACUAAAGGAAGCAAUGUUUCUUGAUCCGUUUUUUUGGUAAACUUGCACAUUGUUGCUUUGAAUUGCGGUAAUCAUCAAGACCUUUGAUGGGAUUUCGAUACAAAAUGCAACCAUUGAUUUAUUUUUUGGUUAACAAUUGCUUACUGUAAGUUCAGUAAUUAUAGUGAGAUUUCUAUUACUGCGAAUGAUUAGACUGAAUUAGUAUUGCAAUAAUAAGAACUCGCAAUCUUAUAUCUGAUACAUAUAACUGCAUGCAUAUUUUCCUGAAAUCGCAAUAAUUAACUCGUAAUUUAGUCUGUUCUACAAAAUUUCUCAAUAAUAAAUGCACACAAUAAUUUCUGAAUUUACAGUAGUCGGAUUGAAAUUAAAUAUUUAUCCAGCAACCAAUGUCACAGGCUACAUAUUUUUUUCACAAUUGAAUGUUAAUGAGCAUGAAAAAGAAAUAAAAGUACAUGAUUAGGAAAUCUAUGACACUUUUUGAUAAGAUUUCCAUUAACACGGACAAGGCAUGGUAUAAGUAGAACUCUUGCUCUCCACUAGUGUCUAACAUUACUACUUAUAAACUCAUUCUUAGACACAAGGAUUAAAAUAUUGUAUGCCAGAAGCACAUUUGGUCUGCAAAACACUCACCAGUAUAAACACUCCAAUCAAAAAAGUUAAAAAGGCCAAGUACAAAUAUGAAGACCAUUGAGGACCCAAAAUUCUGAAAGUUUUUGCCAAAUACAGCUAAAAUUAUCUAUUUCUUGGGUAGAAAAUCCUUAGUAAUCAUAUAUCAGGAGCACUUUCUAAGGGUCUUCUGUGACUAUAAUUUUCUUUCUUAUUCCUUGAUUUUAAUCUGUGAUAUUUUUGUUGCUCAAGUCCACAUUGUAAUUAUUGUAUGUUAUUUAUUUUGUAAACAUUGAUUGUAUAAAUCCAGAUAGUAUUUUUAUACAUAAAUUGUUUUUAAAUUAUUUGUUAUUGAUAUGAAAUGAAUGCAAAACAAUAAAAGUAAAUAAACAUA